AACAUACGAGGUUGUGAAUUUUUGCUGGUUCGUGUUUUGGAAAGAACGUUAAAAUGGCUUCUUCUCUGAUAUUGCAGCUGAAUUCGAGAAAAUUUGCGGAACUUACCAGGAAGUUAGGAUGGCAAGCAGGAUGUUUAUCCAGAUCGGUUUCUACAGCAUCCAUCAGCAAGGUUUUGAUCGCAAACAGAGGUGAGAUUGCCUGCCGUGUUAUCCGCACAGCGAGGAAGCUCGGUGUUAAAACAGUCGCAGUCUACAGCGAUGCAGACAGAAACUCCAUGCACGUUGCCAUGGCUGAUGAAGCCUAUCACAUAGGACCAGCUGCUUCUCAGCUCAGCUACCUCAACAAACAGAAGAUCAUAGAAGUGGCAAAGGCAUCGGGUGCUCAGGCCAUCCAUCCUGGGUAUGGUUUCCUCUCAGAGAAUACAGAGUUUGCUGACCUCUGCGACAAGGAGGGUGUUAUCUUUGUUGGACCGCCGUCAUCAGCGAUCAGGGAUAUGGGCAUCAAGAGCACAUCCAAGCACAUCAUGUCAGCAGCUGGCGUGCCAAUCAUUGAGGGUUACCAUGGUGAGGACCAAUCAAAAGAGAGAUUGAGGCAGGAGGCGGAGCGUAUAGGAUAUCCCGUCAUGCUGAAGGCUGUCAGAGGUGGUGGAGGAAAGGGUAUGCGUAUUGUGAAAACAGAAGCAGAUUUUGAUGAGGCCUUAGAAUCAGCUAUGCGAGAGGCCAAGAAAUCUUUUGAUGAUGACAUCAUGCUCGUUGAAAAGUUUGUUGAGACCCCAAGGCAUGUUGAAGUUCAGGUAUUUGGGGACAAGCAUGGAAACUAUGUGUACCUGUUUGAAAGAGAUUGCAGUGUGCAGAGAAGACAUCAAAAGAUUAUUGAAGAAGCACCAGCGCCUCAUCUAUCAGAAGAAGUAAGAAAGAGAAUAGGAGAAGCUGCUGUACAAGCUGCAAGGGCUGUCAACUAUGUAGGAGCAGGUACCGUAGAAUUCAUCAUGGAUGCACAGCAGAACUUUUACUUCAUGGAGAUGAACACAAGACUUCAGGUCGAACACCCUGUUACAGAGAUGGUUACCAAAACAGAUCUAGUUGAGUGGCAACUAAAGGUUGCUGCUGGCGAGACGUUACCAAUUACCCAGGAUGACCUCCGUCUUCACGGACACUCCUUUGAAGCUCGGAUCUACGCGGAGGAUCCCGAUAAUGGAUUCCUCCCAGGAGCUGGUCCCCUCAUUCACCUGGCAACCCCAGACGCCGAUGAGUCGAUAAGGAUUGAGACUGGUGUAAGACAAGGUGAUGACGUGACCCCCUACUAUGAUCCAAUGAUUGCUAAACUUGUAGUGUGGUCACAUGAUAGAAAGAGUGCUCUAGAUAAACUCAGGAAGUGUCUUCAUGACUACCAGAUUGUUGGACUAAAGACCAAUAUCAGAUUCCUUGAUGACCUUGCCAAGCAUCCGGAGUUUGGCCAAGGUCACGUCCACACCGACUUCAUUCCUCAGUUUGAGAAGGAACUGUUUCCAGAGCGGGGCGCCCUCAACGACCAGACACUGUGCAGGGCCGUCUUAGCUCUGGUACUCUACGAGCAGAGGUGUAGCAGUGUGGAAGGUCUCGACAGUAGCGAUCCAUUUUCACCUUACAGUCAGGGCAAUGGCCUAAGGUUGAAUGAUGAAAUGCUUAGGCGAGUGAAGUUGAAGUCUGGAGAGACGGAUUUAGAAGCGACCGUCACAUACCAUUCUGAUCAAGGUUACUCGGUUAAGGUUGGAGAUGCCUCCUAUAAUGUCCAAGGAACACUGACCGGCCAGGGUAACGCCCUUCAGAUGACCAGUACAGUGGACGGUCAGAAGACUACAUCCACUGUCAUCAUGCAUGAAGAUAGUAUUCACCUCUUUUCACCAGAGGAUAUCGGAGGUGUUGAGGUAACCAAACCAGUCCCAGACUUCAUGCAGGCGUCUGGCUCUCAAGGUCACGGUGACCUUGCCCCUAUGCCCGGUGAUAUCACCCACGUCUACGUGAACCCGGGUGAUCAGGUCGAGAAAGGACAGCCUCUCCUGGCCUUGGAGUCGAUGAAGAUGGAGUAUGUGAUCCGAGCACCAAAGGACGGCGUCAUCGACCGGAUCCUGGUUGCCAAGGGUGACAACGUCCAGAAACACGCCCCCUUAGUAGCCUACCAGGACAAGUAAAGCAACUUCCUUAAAAUGAAUAUUUAUCAAGAUUAAAUAUAUGAGGGAUCAAGGUUGUGUACUAGUUCGAAGACAUUACUGAGCAUCAGCAGUAUUGCGAUAUGCGUGGAUAAAUAAGAGUGCAAUUGGUUGACGUUUUGGCGAUGGAGGGUCAGUGUGAAGACCAAGAUGUAAGCUGUGGUAUUUCUUGGCCCUGUCUUAUAAAAAUAUGUGAAUGAUCAGAUUAAUCUCACCUAUGAAAGGCCCAACAACUUAACAGUCUUCAAUGCAUAUUUAAACUAACUUUCCAUAGUUUGAAUUGAUCAGCAGGGCCCCGUCUUACAGAGUUGCGAUUGAUCCGAUCAAUCGCAACUAUGGAUGGCCAGCAACGUCAACAUGUAUUA